AUGUCUGGACGAGGGAAGGGUGGCAAAGGCUUAGGCAAAGGUGGCGCCAAGCGCCACCGCAAAGUCUUGAGAGAUAACAUCCAAGGCAUCACUAAGCCCGCCAUUCGACGCCUUGCUCGGCGUGGGGGAGUCAAGCGCAUUUCCGGCCUCAUUUACGAGGAGACCCGAGGCGUGUUGAAGGUGUUUCUGGAGAAUGUUAUUCGGGACGCAGUCACCUACACGGAGCACGCCAAGCGCAAGACGGUCACUGCCAUGGACGUGGUCUACGCGCUAAAGCGGCAGGGACGCACCCUGUACGGCUUCGGAGGUUGA